AUGCGAACACCGGAAUUUCCAAAAAAUCCAACAAUCAUAGCAUUAUAUCCCUCUACAACAUGUUUUUAUAAAGCUGUUGUAGUUAUUCCGCCAAGUCAAUUAACACCAAAAUCUUCACAAUAUUUGCUUACUUUUGAAGAUGAUGACAAUGCUGAGAGAUACGUUGACUCACGCUAUGUGAUUG